GACUCCAUUAGGUGCAGCUGGGCUGAGAGGAGACAAACCCGGCGGGCAGCGAGCGGAGCGGGCCGGGCGCCUGGGGCUGCCGGGCGGGGGCUCAGGGCAGCGGCGGCCGCCAUCGCCAGAGGGAGCCCCGAGCGGGCGGCGGCGCUGCCUCCGGGACCCCCGGCGGGCGCAGGGCCCCGCUCCGCCUCCCCUCGCCCCCGCCGCCUCCCCCUCCUCGCCCCCCCGGCUUCCCACCACGGCCGCUCUCGGCGAGGAAACUCUGGCCUCCGCUUCCUCCUCCUCCGACUCGGACACCGGCGGAGCCUCCCCGCCCCCGCGGAAGAAAGCCCGGGCCUCCCCGGCGGCGGCGGAGGGAGCAGGAGAGCCCGGGGCUUCCGCGGGCAGAGCAGGCCUCACCUCGUCCCAGUCCCCCUCGGUGCCCGCCGGGCUCGCCCCCGCCGCCGCCCCGCUCAGAGGCAGCAGCAGCAGCAGCGGCGGCAUCGCCAGCAGCGCCAUGCAGGCCAACGGGGCGGGAGGGGGCCAGCAGCAGCAGCAGCCGCCGCCGCAGGGCCCGGAGCUGGGCUGCCUGGGCGCCCAGAACGGCGAGGCCUCGGCGGGCACGGCCGCCGGUGACCAGCUGGCCCACGCCAACGGGCUGCUGCCCUCGGCCAACAGCGGCGGCCCCGGCGGCGGCAGCCCCGGCGGGCUCGGCGUCAACAACGGGGUGCCCGCCGCCGGGGGGCCCGGCCCGGCCGCCGCCGAACUGGGGGGCGGCGGCGGCGGCAGCGCCCUGAAGAAGAAGAAGCGGCUCUCGCAGUCCGACGAGGACGUGAUCCGGCUGAUCGGGCAGCACCUCCACGGGCUGGGGCUCAACCAGACUGUUGAUCUCCUCAUGCAAGAGUCAGGAUGUCGUUUAGAACAUCCUUCAGCUACCAAAUUCCGCAAUCAUGUCAUGGAAGGAGAAUGGGAUAAGGCUGAGAACGACCUGAAUGAACUUAAGGCCUUAGUGCAUUCUCCGCAUGCAAUUGUGAGGAUGAAGUUUUUGCUGCUGCAGCAGAAGUACCUGGAAUACCUGGAGGAUGGCAAGGUCCUGGAGGCACUUCAGGUUCUACGCUGUGAACUGACGCCUCUGAAAUAUAACACAGAACGCAUUCAUGUCCUCAGUGGGUACCUGAUGUGUAGCCAUGCAGAAGACUUGCGUGCAAAAGCAGAGUGGGAAGGGAAAGGAACAGCUUCCAGAUCUAAACUUUUGGACAAACUCCAGACCUACCUGCCCCCAUCAGUGAUGCUUCCUCCGCGGCGUUUACAGAACCUGCUGCGCCAGGCUGUGGAACUCCAACGGGACCGGUGCCUAUAUCACAACACCAAACUAGACAGCAACCUAGAUUCUGUCUCGCUGCUAAUAGAUCACGUUUGUAGUAGGAAACAGUUCCCAUGCUAUACCCAGCAGAUCCUAACGGAGCACUGUAAUGAAGUGUGGUUCUGUAAAUUCUCCAACGACGGCACUAAAUUAGCAACAGGAUCUAAGGACACAACUGUUAUUAUAUGGCAGGUUGAUCCAGACACUCACCAGCUAAAACUACUUAAGACGUUAGAAGGUCACGCGUACGGAGUCUCCUACAUUGCCUGGAGUCCAGAUGACAACUACCUUGUUGCCUGUGGCCCAGAUGAUUGUUCUGAGCUUUGGCUCUGGAAUGUACAAACAGGGGAGCUGAGGACAAAGAUGAGCCAGUCUCAUGAAGACAGUUUAACAAGUGUGGCCUGGAAUCCUGAUGGGAAGCGUUUUGUAACGGGAGGGCAGCGUGGGCAGUUCUAUCAGUGUGAUUUAGAUGGUAACCUCCUUGACUCCUGGGAAGGGGUGAGAGUACAAUGCCUUUGGUGCUUGAGUGAUGGGAAAACUGUUCUAGCGUCGGACACACACCAGCGAAUUCGGGGUUAUAACUUCGAGGAUCUCACAGACAGGAACAUAGUACAAGAGGAUCACCCUAUUAUGUCGUUUACUAUUUCAAAAAAUGGCCGUUUAGCUUUGUUAAAUGUAGCAACUCAGGGAGUUCACUUAUGGGACUUACAAGACAGAGUUUUAGUGAGAAAGUAUCAAGGUGUUACACAAGGAUUUUACACAAUUCACUCGUGUUUUGGAGGUCAUAAUGAAGAUUUCAUUGCGAGUGGCAGUGAAGAUCACAAAGUGUACAUCUGGCACAAGCGCAGCGAGCUGCCCAUCGCGGAGCUGACGGGGCACACGCGCACGGUGAACUGCGUGAGCUGGAACCCGCAGCUCCCGGCCAUGAUGGCCAGCGCCUCCGACGACGGCACCGUCAGGAUAUGGGGACCAGCGCCUUUCGUAGACAACCAGGAUAUUGAAGAGGAAUGCAGUAGCAUGGAUAGUUGAUGGCGAAUUUGGAGCAGACGACUUCAGUUUAACUUAAUUAGUCGUAUUUUAAAUGGCUUGGGAUUUGGUGCAAACAAACAUGAUUGAUAGCUGGACAGACAUGCUCGUCAUGAAAAAGAACCAUUUCUGAAGCCCGGUUGGGGCCAAACAUUUACCACCUUUGCUUCAUAGUAACCAGUCGAGAUGAAGCACGUCUUUAGAACUUUGUUGGACACCGUGUUGAAAUUACCCCCCCAUCGGUUGUGAAGAACUGUGCUACAUUCAGGCUAACCAUUGAACUCAGUAUAUAUAUUUUUCCCUCCUGCCUUUUUGUCUGGCAGGCUACUGUUCUUGUUGCUCUUCUGUGUAAUGAAGUUUAAAUGCUUGUUUGGAACACUUUAUUUAACAGUUUAGAAGGCUUGAUAGAAAGAGUGCUUUAGUCUGAAGAGUAUACAUUGGAUAGGAAAGUAUUUCCUUCUCUUGUUUCUCAAGUCUCUCUCCGCCUUACUUAGCUUGAGAUCUUUGCAGCUUGGUUCAUGGAUUCUAGCCUUGCCCGUUGCGCAGUAUAUCUAUCAAUUGAGAGGAUAAACCAAUGAACUAUGUCAAAAGCACUCUCAGUAUCACAUUUGACAAAAAGUUUUGUACUUUUCACAUAGCUCGUUGCCCUGCAAAGGGGUUAACAGCACAAUUUUUUAAAAAUAAAUUAUUUAUAGGAUUAAAAUGA